AUGAAGCGAGGAGCGGGAAGACUCACCUUCAGGACAACGCAAGUAAUCACCGGGCACGGGUGCUUCGGUGAGUAUUUGCACAGAUUUUUGGCGAAAGAGAAUGCCCAGUGUCACCAUUGCAACGCGAAGAAAAACUCGGUGCAGCAUACACUGGAGGUAUGCCCGGUCUUCGAGGCGCAAAGGCGCGCGCUCAGAGCCAGCAUCGGACCGAACUUGUCCCCGGCAGUUGUAGUGAAGGCGCUCGCAGCGAGCAAGGAAAAAUGGAAGACGGUCACCCUCUUCUGCAAGAAGGUGAUGACCACGAAGGAAGAUGCAGAACGGGCGCGAGAAAGAAGCAAUGCAGCGCGAACAGGGAGACGCAGGGACAGUCCAGUCGUCGUAUCAGAGCAUAUUGUAUUGCGGUCGCACGUGUUGCGAGGUAACGCCGUCUACUCGAAAAUCCGGCGUACGCCAAACAAGGAGGACAUCGCCAGGUACCUCUCGGGCUCGUUCAAGGGGGAACUGGCGUUGCCAUCCUCUAGUCGCGCGUCGUUUUGGUCGCGAGUAAGAUCGGCCGCGUUGAAGUCGGCGAAUCGAUUCGGGUUCCGUUGGCGCUGGGACUCUGCUCGAGGCGAACUUUCACUGGAAUGCCAAGCACGCGACGGCCGGAGACUAACCAUACUUCCGGCCGCCAAGCCGCAAGUCAUUGGCCGACUGAGAUUUGCAAUCUCUCCAACUACAUGUGUAACUGUGCCCUAG